AUGGGCGAUGGCCUUGAGGCAGAGCAAUAUCGGAAACUGUUCAUCGGUGGCCUAUCGGCUGCAACAACGGAUGAAGCGCUUAAGGAGUACUAUUCGCAGUGGGGUGAGAUAAUGGAUUGCAUUGUUAUGCGUGAUCCAUCGACCAAACGAUCGCGUGGCUUUGGAUUCGUUACGUUCUCCAAGCAAAAUUACGACAAAGAAACCGUAUGUUUUCAGGUUGAUGCCGCAAUGGCUGCUCGUCCGCAUAUGUUGGAUGGGAAGAAGGUGGAUCCGAAACGAGCAGUGCCCCGCGAUCAAUCAGCACACAGUGAGGCAAAUGUUUCCACCAAGCGUCUGUAUGUUUCGGGCGUGGAAAUAAUUGCCGAUCGAAGCACUGGUAAGCCGCGUGGGUUUGCGUUCAUUUCGUUCGAUGAUUACGAUGCGGUGGACAAAUGUGCGCUGCAGAAGAGCCACCAGGUGCUCAAUUAUCGUUGUGAUGUGAAGAAGGCACUGAGCAAGGAGGAGAUGGCCAAGGUUGCCUUUUUUGUUGCGCUCAGAAGUUGA